UAUCUCUCUCACACACAACACACACUAGCCCGACUUCCAACUCUCUUCUCUCACUCUAACAAAGUCUCAUUUCUUUGCCACAAAACAACCAGGAAUUUGAUUCCAAAAACGAACAACAAACCUAUUCAGAAAAGAAAACACCAGAAUCCAAAUCCCAUUACAGAGCAUCACAUGGGUCUGUUGAAACUUGAAUCUUGAGUCUUCAUGUUAAUGAUCUCCCAGUGAAAAAGAUAGUUUCUUUACAACUUUCAGACCAGGCCCUGAGAUGGGCAGUUCCGAAUUCCUCUUAGUUCUCCUUAUUUUCUUCGCAUUUUCUUGUUCCAGACCUGUUCAUGGGAAUGCCGAGCUGAGAGCUUUGAUGGACAUAAAAACUUCUUUGGACCCGGAAAAUAAGUAUCUUUCUUCGUGGACUAGUGAUGGUGAUCCGUGUGCAGGCACGUUUCUGGGUGUGGCUUGUAAUGAGCACCGGAAAGUUGCUAAUAUAUCAUUGCAGACUAAAGGGCUCACCGGAAAAGUGCCCCCGGCGCUGGCCAGACUCGAGUGCUUGUCUGGAUUGUACUUGCAUUAUAAUUCUUUGACUGGACAGAUUCCGAAAGAGAUUGCUAAUCUCAACGAGCUGAAUGAUCUUUAUCUGAAUGUAAAUAAUCUUUCUGGGACGAUUCCUCCUGAGCUUGGAAGCAUGGCUAGUCUCCAAGUUUUGCAGCUAUCUGGUAACCAGUUGACGGGCAAUAUACCUACAGAGAUGGGGUUUUUGAGGAAGCUCAAUGUGCUUGCAUUGGAAUACAAUCGGUUAACUGGAUCAAUUCCUGCAAAUUUAGGGAAUCUGGGUAUGCUGAGAAGGCUUUAUUUAAGCUUUAAUCAACUUUCUGGUUCAAUUCCUGUUGCGUUAGCUGGUGCUCCUAAUUUGGAGGUUCUAGAUGUUCAAAAUAACACCAUAUCUGGUGUUGUACCUCCUGCUUUGCAAAAGUUGAAUGAAGGGUUUCAUUUUGAAAAUAAUCCUGAUUUAUGUGGUGUUGGCUUUACUUCUUUGAGAAAUUGCACUGCUUGGGAUAAUCUAAACAUCAAUCAAGUGGCACCAUUGGCGCCUAUAUCCAACAAUAAUGCUUCCCCGCUACCUCAGUUUGCUUAUGUUCAUGUGCAUUGCAACCAAACACGUUGCUCAAGUUCAUCCAAACUUCCAAGAAUAGCAAUUGUUUCUGGGGUAACUGCUCUCACAGUUUCAUUGAUGAUUGCUGCAUUUCUGAGCAUUUUUCGGCAUCGCCGACAAAAGCAAAGAAUUGGAAACACUUCCGACAUCUCUGAUGACCGUUGCAGCAUAGGACAGAUAAAGGAAUCUUGCAGAAGUCCCUCGCCCCUGGUUUGUCUCGAGUAUUCCAAAGGAUGGGACCAAAUGAUUGCAGAGCAGAACUGUCAUGGCUUGUGUCCUACAGAGCUCCCAAAGGGCCUUAAGUUUAAUUUAGAUGAGAUUGAAUCAGCAACUCAGCACUUCUCAGAGAUGAACCUGUUGGGAAAAAGCAAAGUUUCAUUCGUCUACAAAGGAAUUUUAAAAGAUGGUUCCGUAGUUGCUAUAAAGAGCAUCAACGUGACUAGCUGCAAGUCAGAAGAAGCAGAAUUCAUGAAGGGAUUGAACUUAUUGACCUCUCUUAAACAUGAAAAUCUUGUUAGACUAAGGGGAUUCUGUUGUUCAAAGGGUAGGGGUGAGUGUUUCCUCAUCUAUGAUUUUGCUUCCAGGGGUAAUCUGUCACAGUAUCUUGAUGUGGAAGAUGAUAGGAGCAGUAUUCUUGACUGGGCCACUAGGGUUUCUGUCAUUAAUGGGAUUGCAAAAGGUAUAGGAUAUCUACACAGCAGCGAACAAAACAAGCCUCCCAUGGUCCACCAGAACAUAUCUGUUGAGAAAGUCCUUGUUGAUGAACAGUAUACCCCAUUGAUAUCCGACUGCGGCCUUCUGAAACUCCUGGCCGACGACGUUGUUUACUCUGCCCUCAAGGUCAGUGCAGCAUUGGGUUAUAUGGCCCCUGAGUACAUUACCACCGGCCGCUUUACGGAGAGGAGUGAUGUGUAUGCCUUCGGAGUGAUUAUACUUCAAAUACUCUCUGGUAGACGAAAGCUUACCAAUUCUAUACUGCUGGAAGCUGAAUCUUGCAAGUUCGAGGACUUUAUCGACCCUAAUCUCAAAGGCAUCUAUUCCAAAUAUGAAGCAAGCAGGCUCACUAAAAUUGCACUGGAUUGCACGAAUGAAAGUCCAGACGGCAGGCCAACUAUUGCUUCAGUAAUUCAAGAACUGAACAGGUCUUCAGAUGGUUAGCUGCUGGACAUCUAUCAAAAUCAGAGAAUCACGGAUGAUGACAAAAAACACACUACUGAUGCUAGAGUAGCUAGCUGCUCAUUGAGUGAUGAACAAGCCCCUCAAUCAUCAUCAUCUAUUAUGCCUGCUCGUGUGGGAAAGAUAUCCAAGUGUCAUAAUCAGUCCUGUUCUUCACAGACCGAGCUGUACAGGUAGAAGAAAAAGUCGGGAGGAGCGUUUUGGAGGAGAGAAAUAAUUGGUGGGGUAGAUUGUAGAAUGAGAGUAGGUGAGCCAACAGAGCAUGUAUCGUAUUUUGCUGAAUUGACUGAUGAUAGAACUUUCAGGUCCACUCCCCUUCCAUGUUAAAUUGCCAAGGUGAACACUAACCCCAACCUUUAACUGUCCCCACUGAAGGAUGAACUGUUUGUGUAAUUAUAGGGUGGAAGAGGAUGUGACUGAGACC